GCGUUUCUUCUGUUUCUUUCUUUUUUUCUUUUAGCUUUGUUAAACGCGGGAGUUCCAUUUUUCAUCCACAAAUACGAUCAAACCUCCAAUUUAUGUCUCCCAAAGACAUCACAAGCCAAAGUUUUCAUUCCUCCAAAGUCCAAACCAUCAAAUUAAUCAGAUUUUAGGUAACCAACAUCAUGAGUUCAAUAAAAGGGCAAGAAGGAAUUCAGAUGUUGCAAGCUGCUGAACAAGAGGCUCAACAAAUAAUUGCCAAUGCUAGAAAUUUGAAAAUCCAAAGGUUAAAACAGGCCAAGGAUGAAGCUGAGCAGGAAAUUUUGCACUAUCGUUCCCAAUUAGAAGAGGAGCAUAAGAAGGCAAUCUCUGAGUCAAGUGGGCAGUCAGAAUCUACUGUGAAACGGCUUGAAGAUGAAACUCAAGUGAAGAUCCAGAAUUUGAAGGAAUCUGCUUCAAGAGCUACACCAGAUAUUGUUAGCUUUCUGCUUAAUUAUGUGACCACUGUCAAAAAUUAAACUCACAAGGAUGAUGUCUAGCUCUCACAGUUGUGAAUCAAGCAAAAACAAUUAGCAUUAAAUUUGAGUAUCUUGUCUUCUUACCAAAAAAAAUUGUUUCAUUUAUCUAACUAUUUUCAUGUUAGACUGACAUGAGUAUACGAUUAGUUAGUUAUCGUUUGCAUAUGUUAAGUACGUUGUAAAAAAAACAUUUUAAAUAUACGAUGGUGAUAGAUAUGAGCUACUUGUAGGAAAGAUAAUAAAAGAAGAUUCUUACAAGAUUUGCUUUUUGGUUAUGAGUCACUUGUUAAAUGUGUUUGAUAUAUGUAUCAUAUCUUUUGCUACUAAUGUUUCUUUUGUAGUUUCUUCAUCCUGUGUAUGAUAUAGAGGUGAUCAUGGGCCGAGCCAGACUGUGGUCAAAAAAAUUUGCCUAUUAAAUAGGUCAGGCUGGACCUAAAUUCAGGCCGAAUUUUAGUGUCUAAAACCCGCUACUUCAAGCCAAAAUUAGUCA